UCAUCCCAGAUAUGACGGCUGGACGUCUGUUUUUUGUCAUCCUCAUUUUCUAUACCUUCCAACAUGUCAAAGCCCAAGACCGUCCUAAGCCCAGUCUGACUCUGAAACAUGCAGUCAUCAGAGAGAGAGAAUCUAUUCAGCUGAUCUGUGAGACUCCAUCUUUAUCUGUGCCUCAGUGUCACUUCAUCAUAGAGGGGAAACAGAAGUCAAAUCCUUUACCUUGUCAGAUCACACUAACAGGAUAUAAGCUGCUUCACUGGGCAGGUCAAAGUUCACCUGUUGAGGUCAAAAUUCAAUGUUUCUACAUGGUGGAGACAUACUUUCCAUCAACACGCAGUGACCCUGUCUCUUUGAGGAUUCUGGAUCACAGAGACCUCCCUCAGCCCAUUCUGACAGUGAAUCCUAAAGUUAUCGGAGAGAGAGACUCAGUUCAGCUGAGCUGUGUGACUCCUCCAUCUCUCUCUGAGUGUCAGUGUGGUUUCUAUGAAGACGGGAGACCUGCUCUUCCAGACACAUCCUGUAAACAGAUGGUCACAGGAACUCAGCUGCUUUCUUGGACAGGUCAAAAAUCACCAGCUGUGGUCCAGGUCACAUGUUACUACAUUGUAGGAAGAUAUCACACAUCUCCUCCCAGUGACCCAGUCAUUGUCACAUUCCAGGACCCUCCUCAGCCCAAUCUGACAGUGAGUCCUUCAGUCAUCAGAGAGAGAGACACCGUUCAGCUGAUCUGUGAGACUCCUCCAUCUGUAUCGGUGUCUCAGUGUAACUUCAUCAUAGAGGGGAAACAGAUCUCAUAUCCUUCACCAUGUCAAAGCACACUAACAGGAUAUAAGCUGCUUCACUGGGCAGGUCAAAAUUCAUCUGUUGAGGUCAAAAUUCAAUGUUUCUACUUGGUGGAAACAUACUAUCCAUCAACACGCAGUGACCCUGUCUCUUUGAGGAUUCUGGGUUUAACCUCUCCUUUCAUACCCAGCAUGGCAAUUAAUCAUACUUCAGGUUCCACAGUUAGUAUUACUUUGACAAGUGACACCCCAAAGAAAACAACUGUAGGUUCAACCACUGCUUCUAGCACCCCAGCAACUUCAUCAGGUUUAACCUCUCCUUUCAUACCCAGCAUGGCAAUUAAUCAUACUUCAGGUUCCACAGUUAGUAUUACUUUGACAAGUGACACCCCAAAGAAAACAACUGUAGGUUCCACAGUUAGUAUUACUUUGACAAGUGACACCCCAAAGAAAACAACUGUAGGUUUGACUGUUAGUUCGACUUUGACAACUGGCAGCUCUCAGAGUUCAACUGAAAGAGUUCAAAGCUCCACAAUAACUGUUGUGGAUUCAAACCAAGAGAGCAAUUUGGUGCAAUUAUUUUGGUUAGCAGCAGUGGGUGUGGGUUCUGGAGUUGGCUUGUUCCUUGUGGGACUGACAGCUGUCUGUCUCUGUAGGAAGACCAAAAGAAACAAAUCUCAGAGACAUCAAGACCAACAAGAUGAUCAUAACCAACAUCCUUUUGGAGAGAACGGACAAUCAUCUGAACAUGAUAAUUAUGAUAUAUAUCACCUGUACAACUCAAUCCCAGACAGACCUGCAGCCUCAGCCCAGACAGAUGGGUUUUACAGUCUUCUGAUGACACACUGAAAUUACAUGACUCACU